AUGUUCGACUCUUCGCCCUUCAACCAUAAUCCUUUCCGCCGUCUCCCCGUAGCCUCUGCCUUCUCUUACUCAGAUUACAUAGUCCCAGGUACCAUGCCCCACCUCUACACCCAACGUGCUCGAGAACCGAUACACCAACAUCGUCACCGGCCAAUUCAUCAUCUGUCUUCUUCUUCUCCUCCUCCCCACCAAUCCCGGCGCCGUCCCCAACACAAGCGCUACUCGCACUACUCAGAUAUGGAAUCGAGCUUCUCGGAUCCCGACACUCCAGACGAAGCCUACCGCAGACACAUGUCCCCACCGUCUCCAAGCCCCUUCAACGCCCGUCCCCAAGGACGAAGAAGUUGGAAACAUGACGAUAACACGCUAGACCUCGCCUCAAGCUUCCGUCCCCUGUACGCCAAUGUUUCCCGACAGGUGCCCGAAGACAUCAGCAGAGACGAUAUCCUUAUCCUCCCUCCUAGCCUCACACGACUACGCGUACAGGUGAAGAGUCCGGCUUAUGCGAGCGAAACACUCCAUGCUACCGUAGCAGGUGAUAUGCUUUUCCGCGACGCUGUAAAGCAACUUGUGCCAGAGAGAUAUCAUGGAGAGGUUAGGGCGUACGUGAAGAUGAGGGGUGAAUGGCAGGAACCAGGACGGUUUCUUGUGAGUCAAAUCAUGGAGCAGGGGCGACUUGUAUCAAAUGAGAGGGGGGAGUUGGAAGUAAAGAUUGAGAUUGGAGGGAGAGGGGGCGGUGGUAAGAUGAGAGGGGGCGGGAGAGGGGCCAAGGUAUGGGAGAAGGAGAGGGAGAGGGGGAGGACAUGGGAGAUACGUGAUGUAUAA